GGCAGCGACAUCACUUCGGGAUGGGAGGCCACGUCAGCGCCCGCUACGGGUACGGGCUCGCGGCUCACGGAGUGGACCAUGGCGGAGGUCCCUACGGCAGCGCCGCCGGCGGGGGAUACGGUUUCCACCAAUUGCCCGACGGCGGAGGGCUCUAUCAGCAGCAAGAAGUGAGCAACGUACCACACUAUCCUUCUGCUGCCGGACCGGACGUCCAACAACCGCGAGCCUACGAGGCCUUCGACACCUCGCAGCAGCAUGGGCAGCAGCAGCACUACGGUGCACCCCAGGCGACCUCUUCCUCCUCCUCUCUCUCUCCAGCUCCAGGCGACGCUCUACCUCCAGCCGGCAAUUCCCCCCUGCAUCUCUUCGUGGCAUGUGGCGUGUGCCCUCGAGGCAAGUCUGAGAUUGGUUUUGAGAAGGAUGUUGGUUUUUCGAAGUCUGACGUGUUCACGAGUGCGGAGUCUCAUGUGUCAAUGCCUGGUGUUCCCCGCGUGCCUGCUGUGCAUGAACGUUCUGAUGAUGAGUUCGGUGUCUUGAAGUUUGGUGUGUCUACUCAUGAUGUACCCCGCAUGCCCGCUGCACUUGAGAUCCUGAUGAAGUGGUCGGCGUUCCGGAGUGUGAUGCAUCUAUCCCUGCUCCAUCAAGCCGAUUCUGGAGCCAGUGCGAUGAUUACUAACAAAGUGGAUGCAAUGUACAAUGUACGCCACUUGGGCCCGGAUGAACGAUUUAUUCAGAUUGGAGACUCGACUCUCAUCAAGGUUGCCGCUGUAGGGAGUUUGGACCUUAGGUUCCAUCAAAUCGGAGCCGACGGGAAACAGGAGGAUUUGGCCGUUACUGGGCCAGAAGCUGUGCGCGAGAUGGAGCCGCCUCUUUUGCGACCCGACAUGCCGCGCUGCCACGCCAAGGACCUCCGAGUACCCCAGACUUUCAAAGAGGCAAAGCAGAGCGAGCACAGCGAGCAGUUCAUGGAUGCGGCCAAGCGUGAGCGAAUACACAACUGCAUCAAGUCGAAGUUGAUUUUUGAUUGGAACGUAAAUGCGUUCGGCUUUCCUUCGAAGGCCAAGGCUAGACUUGUUGCGAGAGGAGACAUGCAGAAGGAGUACAUUGACUUUGGUGAUUUGUAUGCACCUACUGUAGCUUCAUAUAGUGUUCGUAUGUUGGCAGCUUUGGCGUGUGAACUUGACUUGGAGUUGUGUCACUUCGAUAUCGACCAGGCUUUUGUGAGGGCCCCUCUCAAGGAAGAUAAUUUCAUGCGACUACCGGAUGGAUGUGGUGCGUUGUCGGGGAAGAUAGUGCAGUUGAACAAGAGCCUUUAUGGCUUGAGGCAGGCAUCUAGAGAGUGGUACGCGUUACUGAAGAAGUGCCUUUUGGCUUUGGGGUUCGAGCAGUGCAUGGCUGAUUCGUGUGUUUUUCGUUUAGUCGAAGGGGGGGAUGUAGUGUUGCUUCUCGUAGUACACGUAGACGAUAUUUUUGCAGUGGGGACGAAGGAGAGGUGUGAUCAAUUCGGCAAGGACCUGGGAGAGUACGUGCCAGUAAAGUCUCUAGGGGAGUUGAAGUUGUACUCUGGUUGCUAUUACGAGAGGGACAGAGAGGCAGGCAGGCUGACGAUUUCACAGCAGACAUACACCGAAGAGCUGGGAGAGAGAUAUGGUGUCGCGUGGGGGGGGAGCAUUCCUUUGCCCACCACCUGGAAACUUUGGGACUUCGACUUGGACGAGCCGAGCGUAGAGUACCCUUUUCGCGCGCUGGUCGGUUCGCUGUUGUUGAUUGCCUUGCUGACUAGGCCGGAUAUCGCGAAUUCGGUGAGAGCAGUGGCGAGGAGGGGCGAUUGCGUGGUUCUCCAAGACUCAAAAGUGUGUGACUUUGUCUACCACGCAGGCAGAAUACGUGGCGAUUUCAUGUUGCCUAAGGAGUUGCGGCCGUGCAUUCCACUGUAUGAAGAUAACGAAGGGGCUAUCCAGAUCGAAAAACACCCGAUCUCGAAUUCCAACUCGAAGCACAUCGACGUGCGGCAUCACUUCCUCAGGCAGCUCGUAGAUGAGAAGGAGGUAGAGGUCAUCCACGUAGCGUCGAAGUAUCAGCAUGCCGACUUCCUCACGAAGGCGCUACCUGAGAGAGAGUUUGUUUCCCACCGGGACGACGUGAUGAACUUGAAGUGAAUAGUCCGGCAGAUCUUUUUCGUUUUUGGGUCUUGUGUCUUUUGCUUUUUUUCUUUCGAUUUUUGUUUUUUUUUGGGUUGAUUUGUUUGAUUUUCUGAGAAAUCGAGUUCAAGAUUAUCAGGUGGAAAUUGUCGUAUUUAUGGUUUAAGGCCAAUUGUUAUGGAAGAAUUCCAAAUUUGGAAUCCUCCGCCCUGGGAAAACAAAUUCCAACGCCGAAAUUCCAAUUUGGUAUUCUGGUGCCGACCAAGUUAUGGGGAAAUAGGAAUCCGGAGCGUUGGGGGGGUAGAUUACGAUGCACGGAGCGGAGAAUUCAAAAAUGGGCGCGAUUCUAUGUACCGCACUCCCAGCAGACCAUCCUUUCCCUGCGGGC